AUGCCUCGCGCCGUCCGAGGUCUGCUGAUCGAAUGCGACCCCUCCAUCAAGUCCAUGAUUUUGAAGUACGAUGAAGAGCGACAUGAUUAUAUCGUGGAGGACUUGGAUGAUGAAAACCAUCUGGUCAUCAAGGAAAGCCAGCUACAGAAUCUGAAGGUUCGGCUGGAUCAGGACCUUGACGAAAAGAUCAUGCAGCUGGAUGAAUCAGAAUCGGAAUAA